AGGCCAGACGUACAAGAGGACAUCUUUAUGCUUCGGGACCAACGUGUGGCGCCAGGGCAGCUCCUGUGGCACCGGGAUGGCUGCCAGGCCUAGGACUGCUCCUUUCUCACAACUGGGACGGGAGUGUAGAGGUUGGGUAGCAGAGCCGGCACGAAACCCCACAAGCAUCCCUUCCCAGGCUUUCCUUCCGGGAGGAGAGAACCUGGCUUACAAGCUGUCGCUCACGUGUCCCCAGGGUCCCUCCCCUGCAUCUGUCGGGUGGGCCAGCUGAACCCUGUUGCUGCGGCCCGGUGAGGCACAUCUUCACACAUUAUUUUAGUUGGCUCUGUCUCCUCACAUACUCAGUCCUGAGCAAGAUCUCUCAACAUGAGCCCAGCCGUGGGGCAGAGGCAAAAGAUGGACAAAUCCAAUCCUGGCUGGCAGUUCCAAUGUCUCACCUGCAAGUUUCUAGAACUUUCCUGCCAGUUUCCUCUCCCCCCUUCUCUCCCCUCUCUCCUCCAAGACCCUGCCAUCUCUGAACUGAGGUCAGUGGUACCUAUUUCCCGGGUAGUUGCCUUCGAAGCCUCUGUCCCAUGGUGGGACCCGUGCCUGAUCACCUGAUCAGCCCUAUGAGGAGAACAAAGAAUGUGGGAUAGGCUGACAGCCCCCAAGCUCUACCAGCAGGCCCUGUACAGCUGGAGCAGCAGUUCUGGAAGGUGACAGCCCCUGCGACGUCACCAGCCGCUGCUCCCUGUGGAGCAGACUGGGAAGAUGCGAACACAGGUGGCACCUAGCACCACCUAAUAGAGAAAUGCCAAUGCCACAAAGUAAAACAAAAGCCAGCAGAGUGGAGGAGAGGGAGGGAAGCUGGCUGUGUUCCUUAGAUAACGCCAAGCAGGGCUCCUGCGCUGUAAAGCCAAGGCAGCAUCCUAUAUGGAGCACGCCUUCUAGUCUAGGUACCAGGAGCCUGUGGGAUAACAGAACCUUGAAGGCCUCCUCAUAACCUGGAGCGCGGGAAUUCAUCACCUCCCAGGUUCUCGUGGUUGAAGACAAAAGCACAAAGAGGCGAAGCGGCUUGCUCAAAGUACACGGUCUGUUCUCUGUGGGUAUGUCUUCUCACGCCCGGGGGCCCUGGAGAAAGCUUGUGCUUUUCAGGUCCCUCUUUCGCAUAGACCAGGAGAGUAAAUACAGACCCUGUGGUCCCUGGGCCGGGACUCUGCAGAGGCUUCGCUCCCUUCCACUUCAGAUGAUGAGCAGCCUUAGUUUUACAUAAUUCAUGCACAUGGUCCUAGUUCUGAUGCUACGAGAAUAGAAACAUAAGUCUCUCGCUAGUGUACUUGACUUGAAAGCAGGGUGUAGAACCCUGCAGAGCGAGCCUGCCCGGGCUGUAGAACCCUGCGGAGCGAGCCUGCCCGGGCUGUUUUGUUAGUUCGAGAGAGAGCCAUUGGGACAAAUCUCAGCAGUUGAGAUCUGCAGAUGCAGAUUCUCAGCCUUUAGGUGCCAAAAAGCUCUCUGAUACCCAGGGGGACGAGUGCCAGUGAGGGCAAUUUCCUGUUCCCCAGAAGGAAAAACUUUUCCCUCAGACAACUUUUCCGAGGACACAGCACAGUUCUGAAUGCUGGGACUCAGGCCUUACUCCUGCUCUGGGGCUUUUGUUGUGUCAAACAAGAAUCAGCCUCGGUGAAAAGGUUACAGGUAUGGGCCGAGAAGAUAGUUCAGUGGAUAGCGAGCCUAGCAGACGUGAGGACCUGCGUCAGAUCUUCUAGAAACCGUGGAAAAGCUGUCAUGGCAGAGCAUGUCUGUAUUCCCAGUGCGGGAGAGAACGGAGACAUUAAGAUCCCUGAAAUUUGCUGGUUAGCUAACCUCAGUGAAACUCUCCAAACAAUAAUGUGGUUAGGCUGAGCAGCUGCUCAGCUGUUAAUAACACGCGCUGUUCUUGCAGAGGAUCUGAGUUCGGUUCCUCCCACCCACAUUUGGCAGCUCACAACCACCUAUAAUUCCAGCUCCAGAGAAUCCAACACCCCUUUUUGACCUCUAUGGUCACCUGCACACAUGUGUACAUUCACAUACACAUAUAUACACAUAAAAUAAAAUUUUUUAAAGGUAUGUAAUUUUAUAAGGCAACACCUGAUGUUAACCUCUGGUCUCCAGACAUAUGUGCACAAGCAGCUGUAACCUGCACAUAACAUGUACAGGUAAGUGUACCUACAUACAUGUACACAUAUAAAUGUUUGACCCCCAGUCAAACAAAACACCUUAUAGGUACCCCUAAGAGAAGCAGAGAAUGGAUGUCCACAAGACACACAUCUGGGCAUGCAUGGACCAGUGUUUCCACAAGGCCUGUGGUUCUUCCUACAGACACAGUGUGAGGAGGAGUGACCUAUGUGAAAUCCUUUCCCUGCAGCACUGAAAGGAAGGAACUGCUGCUUAACCAUGGGAAGAACUGUGGGAUGUAGCCACAUGUGGACAGCAAAGGCUCCAACACCCUCAAGGCCUCGCUGAGGAUUCAGAACACAUUGGGCUGAUACGGAAGAUGGUUAAAGUUUUAUUGUUUCUGAUCGAUAUGGUCCCAAGCCUUGCCCCUUGGCAGCCACUGCAAAGCCACAUCUACCCCAGGACCACAUAAAAAGGGGCCACACCUGCUCCGAGACUCACUGUGGCAGUGCCAUUGGCAUCAGGACUGCAGAGAGAGGCAGCAGGACCAUGGACACCAGGAGUGCGCUGGUUGUUUACUCUGUGAGCCUGGAGAGGAAGGAGAAUGCCGCUGCCCACCACACGUCGGAGUUCCAGACCCAGAAGCUGGUACUCAGACGCGGACAGAUAUUCAAAGUGAAGGUGGUACUAAACAGACCUCUCCAACCUCAGGACGAACUGAAGCUGAUAUUUUCUACCGGAGAGAGAUUGUCGCACUUGGUGGAGCUUGAUCCGAUGACAUCCUUCCGUUCUAAGGGCUGGCAGGUGAAAAUUACCAAACAGUCCGGUGUCGAGGUAACACUGGCUGUCAUCAGCGCCGCGGAUGCCAUGGUGGGGAUGUAUUGCCUGAAGGUGAAUGAGUUCAAAGGUGGAAUAUUCUUCCUUCUCUUCAAUCCAUGGUGUGCAGAUGAUAGCGUUUUCAUGCCUAGUGAGGAGGAGCGGGCAGAAUACAUCCUUAAUGACACCGGCUACAUUUACAUGGGUUUUGCCAAACAAAUCAAAGAGAAGCCCUGGACCUUUGGUCAGUUUGAGAAGAACAUCCUGAAAUGCUGCUUCUUCCUGCUUGCCCAUCUGGAGCCCAGUGAGCUGCAGAACCCAGUGAUUGUGUCCAGAGCCAUUUGCACCAUGAUGUGUGCCGUGAAUGGCGGCGUGCUGGUGGGGAACUGGUCGGGAGACUACAGCAAUGGCACCGCGCCGUACGUGUGGACCAGCAGCGUGCCCAUCCUGCAGCAGCACUACCUCACCAAGAUGCCCGUGUGCUUUGGCCAGUGCUGGGUUUUCUCUGGGAUCCUGACCACAGCACUGAGAGCAGUGGGCAUCCCGGCUCGCAGCGUGACCAACUUUGAGUCAGCCCACGAUACAGGGAAGAACCUCAUAGUAGACAUCUACCUGGAUGAAUCCGGCAAGACAAUGACACAUCUAACCAAGGACUCUGUCUGGAAUUUCCAUGUGUGGACAGAUGCUUGGAUGAAAAGACACGAUCUACCCCAGGGCCACGAUGGCUGGCAGGUCCUGGAUGCUACACCACAGGAAAUCAGCGAGGGAGGCUUCCGCACUGGACCAUCUCCACUGAGUGCCAUCCGCCUGGGGAAGGUCGAAAUAAAGUACGACACCAAGUUUGUCUUCACCGAGGUCAACGGCGACAAGUUCAUCUGGCUGGUGAAGCAGAACCAAGGCAAAGAGAAGAACGUCCUUAUCGCCGUGGAGACUGCGAGUAUCGGCAGGAACAUCAGCACCAAGAUGGUGGGCGAGAACAAGCGCCAAGACAUCACCUCGCAGUACAAGUUCCCCGAAGGCUCCCCAGAGGAGAGGAAGGCCAUGGAAAAGGCCGCCGGUAAGCACCCAGAUGAGGACAAACCCAGCCGUCGGCCAGUGAACAGCAUGCUUCAGAUCCAUGUCCUCCAGAACUCUGUGGAGCUAGGCUAUCCUAUCACCUUGACCCUAGUGUUGAAAAGGAAAACGGCCACACCACAGAAUGUCAACAUUUCAUGCUCCCUCGAUCUACAGACAUAUACAGGCAGCCAGAAGACAGACCUGGGAAUCAUCCACAGGACGGUGCAGAUCCAAGGUCAAGAAUCAGAGGUGGUUCUCAGCAUGGAUGCCAGCUCCUACAUCUACAAACUGGGCAUGGUUCACGAUGAGGUGGUCAUCAAAGGGUUCAUCAUCGCAGAAAUAAUGGAGACUGGCGAUAAGGUGGCCACCGACACAACCCUGUCGUUCCUGUACCCUGCUUUCUCUGUUGAGAUGCCGGACACGGGCAAGGUUAACAGUCCGCUUUUCAUCACCUGCUCCUUCAAGAACACCCUGCCCAUCCCUCUGACUGACAUCAGGUUCUCCGUGGAAAGCCUGGCCCUCUCGAACAUGCAGUCCUGGAACCAAGAGAAAGUGUCACCUGGACAGUCCAUCACUUUCCAAAUGAAAUGCACCCCAGUAAGAAGUGGACCCAAGAAAUUUAUUGUCAAGUUUACUUCCAGAGAAGUGAAGGAGGUUCAUGCCGAGAAGAUCAUUCUCAUCACCAAGUAGCCCAGCUGAUACCACGGAGAUGGAGGCAAGAGCCCUGAUUGGCUCUGAGCCUCAGCUAAGCAUGUUAGCAUUUCCUAAAUUGUACUUAAUGUUCAGGUCAGAUGAUUGGAUUUAAUUACUCAGAGGAGGGCAGAUUCAAGAGACAGCCCAGCAAAAGACAGCUCAAGGGCCAAUGUAACCUCAGGCAGUAGCUCCAUGGGACCGGGGCACCUCUGAGCACACAGCACAGACAUCUCAAACACACAUUUAGGAGUCACGGCCUCAGAAGACAGCAACUGUCACCUGGGUUUAGACCCAUAGACAGAACCCAGAGUUGCUAUUCAGUGGGACUGAAAGUGCUGGAGGUAUCUUCCAUUUGGGCAACGGAUUCUGUCAGGUCCAGGGGUGCCCAGAGGUGAGCUGACACCCCUGUAGGAAAGCAUCCUGGAGCCGGUCCUGGGCCCGGCACUGCAUGUUCAUUCCAAGGCUCUGUCCUCUCAGAAGCAGGCCCCAUGCUGGCGUGAGGCCCUGUUGCCUCUGGGUGGGACAUGGGGAGGAGUCUGUGGCCACUAAUGACAUCUGCUCUGCUCACUGGAGUCUGUGUUCUGCUCUGCCCUCCAGGGAUCUUCUCGAUGAUCACUAUGCUUUGAAUUA